AACUAAAAGAAAAAGGAAAUGUAGCAGGUCUGUUAAAACUACCAUGAUCUAGUUUUCCUCCUGAUCCAGCAGCCGUAUAGAAAGAGCGUGUAAGGUUUUGGUGGACUGGAAGCUUAGCGUAAAGCUGUAAAUAAAGCCUGUGUACUGGUCAGGGAUUGUUCCUGAAGGUGCUCAGGUCACUAUCAAGGUCAGCUCUCAACUGGUGAAGUCAGGAAGUCAGGACAGUUCUGAGCUCAUGGUGUGAUGUUAAAUGAACCAGGACACUCACAGCAUCAGCAGUAACCACAGCAGUCUAAAAUGACCCAUGUGGUGACUCGUGAAAUGUAAAUGGCUUCCAAAGUGCGCGAUGCUGUGGUGUGGUACCAGAAGAAGAUUGGGGCGUAUGACCAGCAGAUUUGGGAGAAGUCUGUGGAACAAAGAGAAAUCAAGUUCAUUAGACUGGGCCUGAGGAACAAGCCGAAGAAGACCGGCCAUGUGAAGCCAGACCUCAUUGACGUGGAUCUAGUGAGAGGCUCUGCGUUUGCCAAAGCCAAGCCAGAAAGCCCAUGGACAUCUCUAGCUCGGAAGGGAAUAGUUCGGGUCGUUCUCUUUCCCUUUUUCUUUAAAUGGUGGAUUCAAGUGACUUCCAGAACCAUCUUUCUGCUGCUGCUCUCCCUUUACCUGCUCCAAGUGCUCGCGACAGUGUUGUUUCUCAGCAUCUCACAUCCCCAUGACAUCCCAGCGACUGAGGUGUUUGAGGCUUUCUGGCUCAUGCUGCUUCUGGGCACCGUGCACUGCCAGAUCGUAUCCACACGCACACCCAAACCUGCUCCCAAUGCCACAGCCAAGAGGAGAAGGAAGUUAAGGAAGGCAGCACACUUGGAGGUGCAUAGGGAAGGCGAUGGCUCUAGCACUACUGAUAACACACAGGAAGGGGCACCGCUGCUCCUGGGCUCUGCCACCACUCACAGUAUCGGUGCUUUCUUCAGAGAUUUCUGGCAUAAUAUCUUUAAAUCGGGGUCUAAGAAAUUCAAGCUGUCCAUCGAUAAGUCCACAGAGACGGAUAACGGAUAUGUGUCACUGGAUGGCCGGGUCACAAGCAAGAGCAGUGAGGAAAGGCUGCAGCUCCACGAGCCUCACUGUGACCUGCUGCGCUCAGAGGAACUGGGCUGGAGCGGCCCACAGGCCCGAAAUAAACUCCUGUCUCCCAGCAGCAAGGAGUGCAAGUUACACAACGUGGAGAACAUGUCUGACGAGGCAUCAAGCGAAGAAGACCCCGAAAACUACAGCACCCUCCGUAGGGGUGUGGAGCGUAUGAACAGCGACUGCACACUGCGCAACAGAAAAACCCACCACUACAAAAAACACUAUACAGCUGCAGAGGAGAUGCCAAAGUUAGGCACGAGUUGUAGCUCCCGCUGCUCCAGCCUGCGCAAUCAGGACUCUGAGAGCACUCGGCACGAGUCGGAGACGGAGGACUUGUUGUGGGAGGACUUCCUGCACUGUGCAGAGUGUCGCUCGUCCUGUACCAGCGAGACCGAGGGGGAGGGGUCUGCAGUCUGCCCCGCCUCCAAAAAAGAAUACCGGGACGACCCCUUCUUACAGGGCCACACACCAUGGCUUCACAGCUCGAACCCGGGGCUGGAGCGUGUGAGCGCUAUAGUAUGGGAGGGAAACGAAUGUAAGAAGGCAGAUAUGUCAGUGCUGGAAAUCAGCGGCAUGAUAAUGAACAGGGUGAAUUUGUAUACUCCUGGCAUUGGCUACCAGAUUUUUGGUAAUUUGGUGGCUGUGACUCUGGGACUCACACCGUUUGCAUACAGACUUUUCCAAAACAAGGAAGUAGAGCAGCCGUCCUCACUCUCAGCCAGCGAGAUGGUCUCCGUUGCCUUCGGCUCCUCGUCUGAUGUCAUGGUGAUUGCGAUGGUGUCCGUGAGCUUUGUAGUGCGUGUGUGUCUCAUCUGGCUCUUCUUCUUUCUGCUCAGCGUGGCUGAAAGGACGUACAAGCAGAGACUGAUCUUUGCAAAGCUCUUUGGUCAUCUCACCUCAGCACGCAGAGCCAGGAAGUCUGAGGUGCCACAUUUCCGCCUGAAGAAAGUGCAGAACAUUAAAAUGUGGCUUUCUCUGCGUUCGUAUUUGAAGAGACGUGGUCCUCAGCGCUCAGUGGACGUCAUCGUCUCCUCUGCCUUCCUCCUCACUCUCUCAGUGGUCUUCAUCUGCUGUGCUCAGUUGCUUCACAUGCAUGAGACGUUCCUGGACUUCCACUAUAACUGGGAGCUGGUGAUCUGGUCCUUCUCACUGUCUCUCUUCCUGCUGCGCUUCGUCAUGCUGGGAUCUGAGACCAGCAAGAAGUACAGCAACACCUCCAUCCUACUGACCGAGCAGAUUAAUCUCUACUUAAAAAUGGAAAAGAAACCCAACAAGAAAGAAGAGCUGACUCUCGUCAACAACGUCCUUAAGCUGGCCACCAAACUUCUGAAGGAACUGGAUACUCCUUUCAGGCUGUAUGGCCUCACCAUGAACCCUCUCCUGUACAGCAUUACACAGGUGGUGAUCCUAUCUGCAGUGUCAGGGGUCAUCAGUGACCUGCUGGGCUUCAACGUGAAACUCUGGAAGAUCAAGUCAUGACACAGCUGUCUGCAGCCUACGCCCACAUGCAGGGAACCUGGAUGGAGCACAUGCUUCCUCUUAAUAGGGGAGAAUGACAACCCUUUAGCUCUUUUCCCUCUGAUCUAUCAGAGUUCUGGCACUUCAGUUGAACGCAACGUUUAGAUUUAUUUUACUGUGUUCUUUUGUGUCCUCAGACAUUUAGCUGCUAUUGGAAUGUCAAUGUUACAGUAUCAAUGCUUCCUUAGGAAUAUACUAUAUAUUUAGGUGUGUGUGUGUGUGUGUGUGUGUGCGCGUGUAUGUGUGUAUUUUGUAUAUGUAUUUGUAAACGUGUGGCACACAACUAUUUAUUUGUCUGGGUCCUGAGCACGUGACGAGCGUGCUGGAGACAAAGCAGAAGCCAUGAAUAUGGAGUUAAUCGUUCACUCAGUAGCAGCAGCAGCAGCAGCAGCAGGUCACCAUUGCUUUAGCUCAGAAGUGUCAUUUGAGAGCAGGAUAUAUUGAAGUACUGAACACAGAGAUGAACUGAUGGAUGCAGUGCAGGCCUGUGAGCUGGAGUCAUUUCAACCCCAGUGUGUUACGCUGUAUGUAGAUUUUAUGAUGUGUGAAGAAAGAUUUAGCUUUUUGUUUUUAGAUCAGUUCUUUGUACUUGAUCAGUUACCCAACUUUUAUUUUUAUUUAAAUAAUGUGAUGCUCUGUCUCCAAUUUCAGCAGCAUGUCCGUGAGACAGGGCGUAGCUGGGACUAAAGCCUUGCAUUGUGCUUUGGCGGUUUAGCUGCAUAACAAAGUGUAUGUGUAAACCCUGUGAUGUGUUCAUAGGCUAAAUGUUAGUCACUUGUUACAAUGAGGUCCAUGACGUGACUCGUAUCACAGUCCAGUAGUUUCUGAAUGUCAAUCACUUAUGCUGUCCAUUCAGUUCCCCACUCCAUGAUUAAAAUACAGUGCAUGGAGGUGUGUGUGUGUGUGUGCGUGUGUGUGUGUGUGAGUCAGAAUUGCCUCAAAAUUUGCACUUUAAAGCAAAGAAUAUGUUACUCAUGUCAGAGAGGUGAAGCCUUGAGACGCUUUAGUUCUUGUUUUAUAUUUCUGCAUUGGAAAGUCAUUCAGGACGACCAACGUGCUUUUAUUCUGUUAGCUCCUUCUUUAAACACGACUUUAUCAGAGAAUUGUUUCAGACAGGCCAGUGGAUCCCACUUCCUCUGACCCUUUUCCUGUAUUAUGCUGUUCCUGUUACAUAGUUUGGGUUUUUGUUACCAAUGCUGCAGUUUAUCGGAGGAAGAAAGUUACAGUGAACACUAUGAAGGAGAUCAAAUGGGGGAAAAAGAAAAAAAAUUGCAUGUGCUUUACAGAGUUUGUUGUCUCCAACGUUUUUGCUGGCCAGUUUGUAUGUUUUAUAUGAAAAUAUUUAUAAGAAGUGUGUAUAAGUUACUCUGAAAGUAUUUAGGUACAGAUAGAGGAUCGUGUUGUUUGAACUGCUUUUAUCAUAUUAAAAUUCUGGUUGAAUGGA